AUGCCAUCCAAACCCGAUACUCGAAAGACACCACAACUAGGUAGCGAUGACUUGGUACCUUUUGACCAUGUCGCUGCAGGACAUGAUGGUGUCCGCUGCACAGUUUCAGGCGCUCUGAUUGCGAAGCCAUGCACAAAACAAGAAGUCGAAUUCUACGAGUCGAGCGCCCUCCACCCGGCAUUCCAGGAGUUUAUGCCCCUCUAUAUUGGUUCGCUCUCAUCCGCUGAACAGCAGCAACCGUUGGCAAUUGCUGCUGCCCGAGAAUCCGGCGCCCUUUUCCUUCCCCAGUCCGGUGAUGCAGCCGCCGAAUCCCGACCUCCGAGCGAGCCGCAGUCGCACACAGCCGCUGCGCAACAAAUCCCCUCAGGUCCCGGCAAAGAAGACGCAGCAUGGACCCCCUCCGGUGGCAAAAAAUUAGAUACUGGACUGUCGAUUGUAUUGGAGAAUGUGGCUUGCGGAUUCCGUCGGCCAAACGUGCUGGACGUGAAGCUCGGCGCGCGAUUAUGGGCAGACGAUGCUCCACCCGCCAAGCGCAACAAGCUCGACGCGGUAUCUAAAGAUACUACGAGUUCUAUUCUGGGUUUCCGCAUUGCCGGCAUGAAAAUCUGGACUGGGGAGAAUGGCGAAACCGACGAAGGCGAACUAACAAAUCCAUAUGUUACCAAAUACGAGGGUGCCGAGGGCGAGAAGGGCGAAGUUAUUGAGAAGGACGGCUAUCGACGUUAUGACAAGUGGUACGGCCGGUCUUUCAACGCAAAUAAUGUCAAGCAAGGGUUCGAGACCUUCCUUGCUGGUGCAAAAGCGGGCAAGGUGGACCGGUCACAAAUGGUCGCUCAGCGUCUGACGGAAGAAUUGAAAAAUGUUCAGCAGGUGCUUGCAUCUGAAGAGAGUCGAAUGUACUCCGCUAGUGUGCUGGUAAUCUACGAAGGAGAUCCAGAGGCAAUGGAGGUCGCAAUCGAGGAGGAGAAGAAGAUUUCAGAACGCCGUUCUCAGGAGGAAGAGGACGAGGAUGAGGAGGAUGACCAGGAGUUCGAUAUUCCAGAAGAAGCCAUGCAGCUGGUUGAUAUCCAGCUUGGCGAUGGAACGCCUCAGCAGGCCAUCAAUAUCAGCAUCGAUCCACAGACCAUGCCCAUGCCUAUGCCAACCCUGGACGAUGAGGACGAGGAAGAUACCCCCAAAGUCCAUGACCUCCGUGUUAUCGACUUUGCACAUGCCAACUGGACACCUGGACAAGGACCAGACGAGAAUAUGCUCAUGGGAAUCCGCAGUCUGAUUACCAUCUUUGAAGGAAUGGCAGAGUGA